AUGUUGUUCUUCAGCUGCCUGAUAAUCUUAUCACACCUGCAAAAUGCUCUAUCGCAGAUCAUUCCGCCAAAUGAACGCUGUGUAACAGCUGUAUACACAGCAUACGACUAUAUUUCCUUCUCAGGCCACCCAAAUAGAGGCCUGUGGGCGCCACGAUGCCGGAAUCGGCUACGCGUGCUAUCGGUCUACGCCGCUUCCACUGUAUAUUGCUCAGACGCAGAAAGAGAAAGAGGUUUUGCACUGCUUGAGGCCCAAUGUCGAGAAUACGCCGGUGUCAACUUGAUUCCUCGAGAGGAGUUUGCCGCGAAUCUGACUGACGACGCGAUUAGUCGGAUGCGGGUGGUUGAGUUUCGAGAGCUGCCGAAGAAGGAAACUGUUAACACUCCUAUUUUGGUCUCCGAGUCGUACUACAGUCGUGUGUUCCGAACAAUUGAUGCCUGGCAAUUCGAGCUUUGGUCCCACUAUGCAUUUGGAUACCUGGGAUAUGCGUAUUGGACCGUUGUGAUCGCCAUCGGAGCUCUGCACAAACUGGCUCUCCAUACGAUUUGUUCAAAGCGAGCGCGAUCGCUACCUUUUCUUACUACGAUACUGUCGAUAUAUGACUGGAUACACACCAAUCUGAUCAUUCCUUCUCCCCUCGCAUCGAGCAGACGUCGGCUGCUUUGGUGGACAUUUCCAGGACGCAUCCAUGCAAUCGUUGUCUUCGUUUUCUGGAUACUGAGUACCGUGCUCUGCCUCGUCGGUUAUCGAACCUUUUCGGACAAUAUCUACUGGCCCGAAAUAUCGGCACAGCUCCUGCGGUAUGUUGCAGAUCGCACCGGGAUCCUCUCCUUUGCCAAUAUACCUCUUUUAUGGUUGUUCGCAGGCCGGAAUAACAUAUUUCUCUGGGCUACUGGAUGGAGCUAUUCGACUUUCAACAUUUUCCAUCGCCAUGUGGCUUGGAUAGCGACUCUUCAGGCGAUAGUGCAUACAAUUAUGUAUAUUGUUUUGUUCGUUCAAGCGGGAAAUGCCUGGAAGAAAAUGCAAAAGCCCUAUCUUUUAUGGGGGACACUGGCUAUGCUCGCCAUGAUAUUGGUCUUCCCAUUUGCGGUGGACUGGUUUCGACGAAGGACGUAUGAGACCUUUCUCGUCUUUCAUGUUCUCUUCUCAGUUGGCGCUCUUGUCGGUUGCUUCUAUCACGUCAUCAUAUUUGAAGAUCAUGAAUAUUGGUUCUAUCUCUGGCCGGCCGUUGUGAUUUGGAUAUCUGAUCGAGUCUUGCGCCUGAUUCGCAUAGUUUACUGCAACUUGCACGUCCGACUCGGUUCCCGCAGCCGUCUCCAAUGUACAGAAUGCGUCGCAACGUAUGACAAGGCUGCUGAUAUCAUUCAACUGGAGCUGAUCCCCGGUUCAGGGCUGCAGCCAGCUCCAGGUCAAUACUACUUUCUUUACCAACCCUUCCGGCUCACGGGGUGGGAAAGUCACCCGUUCACACUGGGGUCGUGGUCAUAUAAUGAUGGCGUACCUGCAACUCCAUCCCUCCGUCUGAAAAGCAAUCAUAUCGAUGUCUCGGAGGUUCCUCUUCUUCCUGAGACUUCCUCUUCUAGCUCAGACUAUGGCACCGUCGACACCUCAGCCGACCUGUCAGAGCGCAAACUUGCAUUGCAUUUCUGGAUCCGACCUUACGACGGAUGGACUCGCCAUCUCCGCGAUCAAUGCCUGAAAUCACCAACUCGGACAAUCCAGCCAAACAUCCUCCUCGAAGGACCCUACGGCGAGAAAUGUCCGCUCUGGAAGUACGAAUCCGUUCUCCUAAUCGCAGGCGGGACUGGGAUCGCCGCCGCGGUCCCUUAUAUCCAGGACCAUAUCAUCCGCUCUUCGACCGGCCAGACCUCAACGCAGGAUAUCCAUCUCGUCUGGACCGCUCGGCAGCCAGCGCUCGUGCGCGACAUUGCAGGGAGAGAGUUGGAGCAGGCUCUUCGCAGGAAGGACUUCCGUGUCUCGUUUUACGUUACGGCUGAGUCUAUGUCUCCGUAUGAGGUUAUGGAUGGUGUGGAAUUUGGGUGCGGACGACCCGACUUACAGGCGAUAAUUACGGCUCAUGCGGAAGAAGCGAGGCUUAGUAGUUCGUCUGUUGCGGUGUUGGUGUGCGGGCCAUCGGGGAUGGCUGAUCAGGCCCGCGCGGCUGUGCAUCAGGCUAUGCGGAGGGGAUUUCGAUCAGUUCGAUACGUGGAGGAGUCUUUUGAUUGGUAA